AUGAUCGCCUGCCCGCUUAUUCAGGAGGCCGAGGCCGACUUCUCGGAAACACACCUCGGCCUCUCCACCACUCCCGUCGCCGCCGGCGUCGUCCUCGACGUCCUCGUCCAUCCCAACCCGCGCAAACGUCACGUGCGUGUAUAUGUCGGCCGCCGCUCCUGGACCGUCCCCUUUCCCAAACUCGCCACCAAGGCGGCCGCCCCCAAGACGGUCGGCGGUACUCCGGAACGCCUCCAGUCAAACACCCUGGGAGGUUUGGGGGGCUUAGGAGGGGGGGUUGGCGGCGAGCAGGGCCGGCGGCUGCAGCAGCGGCUGAAACACUACAUCGCCUUCGCCACCAAGGGACGUUGGGGCGAAAAGUCGGCUAAGUUGGCUGCGACGCGCGCGACGUCUUCGGUCGACCUGGAUUUGAAGUUGGCUGUGCUCUCGCCGCUGGACAUUCGUGAGGUUGUGCAGGUUAUGAAGUACAACCCGCGCCACGCCCAGCUGGACCUGGAGGAGAGGAUUAUGGACCCGGCCUGGCGCGAGACCGUACUACAGGCCACCGUCUCGCCCGCCGCGGGCGAGCGCGCGCCGAUGGGGCAGCGACCGUGGAUCCACGACAACAAGCAGCUGGCGGACUUUUACGACGUGAAGCUGAUUUCCAGUACGGUGGCGCAGCCGAUUCCGAUGCGCUCCUGGUGCACGCCGUUGGCGCCGCCGAAGCUGCAGGGCCGCGGACGGAAGCUGCAAGAGGUACAGCGCGCCCUCAUUUCGCAGCGGACGGUGAGCAAGAUGAUGUGGCGUGGGAGUGUGCGUUGUGCGCGUUAUGAGAUCCUCGCGGACACACGCUCGCUGGAUCGGGUCUCGGUGCUCUGGAGUCGGCGCUACACGCAGCACGUGCGGGCGUUGGUGGAUCUGCACCCGGUGCAGUUCAAAACGGACGUGGCGGGCGUGGCCGCCUUCAACCAGUCCGUCUGGCACUUCAAGUGCACCUACUCGUUGCUGGCGCUCUUCUUCUGGAGCAAGAGCGACUGGGACACGAGUUGCGGCGCACCCGGGGACUUCGCGGAGGGCUUCGUCUCCGCGCCGACCGGCGAGGCGCACUUCCGCGCGGCGAAGCCACCGGAGUCGGCGGGCCCCGGCACUUCGGUGAACGGCUUGGGCGGCGCAGUGGGUGUGCAUUCGGCCGACGGGAGCGGGUCAGUGGAGCUGUCAGGCGCGUGCCCGCCGUUGGACGACGUGGAGGAGUUUUUGGGGCGCAUUGCGCGGCAGUCGUCGUCGCACUCGUUUGUGGCGGUGUUUGCGAAGGAGGGCGGUGCGGUGGCGUUGGAGCCGGUUGUGACGGCGUUGUGGCGGUCGGUGGUGUGGUUGCUGAAGGUGUUGGCGGGGUUGUUGGAGAGUCAGACGCCGACACCGUCGGCGGACCUGUGUACGGAACUCUUGACGGCGGCGUUGUCGACGGUGGUUAGUUUGGAGAACCAGGCGAACGAGUUGAACUUGGUUUUGUCGGCGGGUGUGGAUUCGGUUGCUGGGGUGGAUUCACGGCGCGCGGUGUCGUUGCAAAACGGCGCGUUCGCGGCGGAGAUGAGUCGGGUGUUGGCGCGUUACUUGGCGCCGUUGGUGGCGGGUGCGCGUUUGGUGUACAACGGAGUGCAGCCUUUGUUCCAGGGUGCGCCCAGGGACGAGGACGACCCGCACUUGAUGAAGAAGGUGAGUCAGUUGGGCGGCAAGGCGUUGGGUGAUACGGUGGACGCGAGUUGCGACUGGCCGGCGUGUGUUGCGUUGGAGUGGUUGAGUGCUCGUGCGCUGCAGGCGUUGCAGGCGCGGCUGUACUUCGUGGCGUGCAAUGCGGGUGCGAAGUUGCCGCGGCCGUGCCGGUUGCGUGCGCCGGCAGGGGAGAGGGCGCGUGCCGACCUUUCGCUGGGUCCCGACCUUUCAUUGGUGGCGCUGGCGGAGCAAAUGGCGGCCGAGCCCCAGGUUGCGGCGAUUCCGAAGAAGCGACUCCGAGGUCCACUUGCCUCCGUCGCUGCGAGUCUCUUUGAGCACCGUCGCCUUUGGGAAAGCCCCGAGGAGCGCGACGGUCGUGUAGAACUGCUCAAGGCCGGCGCGACGGCGCUUGCUGAACACACACAUGGCCUCAAAAACUGUGUCCUUCUCGACCAACCCCUCCCCGCACAGGCAGUCGGCGUCACCAAGCCGCUGCUGUGCCAGGACACUGGCUAUCUCGACAACUGGACCGGGCUCUUCCUCGCUGACGAGGAGGAACACUUCGACGGCGAACCCAGCGACGAAGACACCGACGCCGACGACGGCUCCGAACUCGCUGACCUGCUCUCCGAAGGCUCCAGCACCAGUCAACUUAUGUACUUCCAGAUCAUGCAGGACGCAGUUGACGGGGACGACUGUCCGCGCGAAGAUGAGGACGAGGAGGGGGAGGACCGCUACGCCCAGACGGGCGUGGGGGAGGAGAGCGACACAGACGCCGCAGAGAGCGAACGUGCGGAAAGCGAGGCAGAGAGCGGCGCGUCGGGCGAGAUCCGACGGAGCAGCACCCCGCCCAAGUCGCCGCCUUCGCGGUUGCGCCGCGGGGCGCUGACGACACCGGGUUCGGACGAGGCGGAGGCGCCGGCGCAGGUGCGUAUUUUGUGGUCGCCGCCGCCGCGUUCGUUGCGGAGCGAGAUCCUGUCUCAGUCGCGGCGGCGGGGUGUGAGUUUUUGUCGUUCGAGUCCGGGUCGUUUGCGUGCGCGGUCGCGUGCGCGGUCGAGUUCGACUUCGGCUUCGUUGGCCUUUGUACCCCGGCGGUUGGAGAACCGUUGUUCGCGACGCAUUAAGGCGAGUGCAUUCAAGCAUUGUUGCGGCCGUGCGUCGCGUCGCGUGGCGGACGUGUUUGAGGAGGACGGCGUGCCGGUAUUGGGUAUUCCCGUCUGGCACCCGUUGGUGCCGUUUGGACCGGUGAUGCAGCGGUUGUCUGCGAACACUGGUGUGUGCCUGUCGGAUUGUUCGCUUGCGAUGAAGUCGGAGUGUGGUUGCGACUUGCAGCAUCUGGCGGGGACACAUUUGUUGCUGGACAUUGGUGGCUUCUUGGGUGAGAGCCUUGGACCUGAGGAGGCGGGUUUCGCGGUUUUGUCGGACAGCUACCUCACUGUGCGCUGUCCUGAGGGACAUGCUAUGCCCGAGUUCCGCGGCGACGCGCCCGGCUACCGAGUUGUCUGGCGUUGCGACGCCUUUGAGGAGGAGGGCGGCAGCUGUCUGAACAACAACCUCGACUUCAAGUUCCGUCCCGGGCGCGGGCGAUGGCGCUGCGACGCGUGUGACAUCGACUACUGCGAGGUCUGCGUCAAUGCGUACCGCAACCGUAAACGCGUCGAGAGCGACCGUGUGCUAUCGUACACACGCGAUCGCUACCUUACGGGCGGCGCCAAGGACGCCGUCCAGAUCCUGUGGCGCGGCUACUGGUGGGUGGUGCCCUACAAGGUGUUGCAGGAGACGGGCGGCGGGCUGGAUGCUAUCAUCAGCUACGUAAGCGAGAGCAUCCAGUGGUAUGAUGUGGGUUUCCGGUCGCUUACGGACUACGCACGGGUGGUGAGCCUGUGGAAGCUGGGGCUGGUGGCGCAGAAUGCCACGCUCUCGCUGUACCAGUUCGCCUGGCACGGGCGGAACCUCGACCGCCGGCCUUUGGCGCAGGCGCGUGCGUUGCGACCGCUGCGGUCGCUCGUGCCGGUCGAGACUUGGGCCGCUGGGCGCCCGUCGCUUUGGCGGCCAUUGGCGGACAUCGUUGUGCGCGAGGCCGUGGAUGAACUGCGCCACGGCACUGCCUGUCGUGCCAAUUCCGGAACCGAGUUUCUGGAAACUGGCUUCACCAAGGCCGUGCUCCGUAUCCUUGUUGCCAGCCAACUUGCACGAGACCUUGACGCUGCCCACCUGCGCCAGGCCGAACUCAUAGGCGCCGUCGAGAAACUCGAGGCACUCAUGGCCGACGACGCACUCAGUCAGGCCGAUUUCGAAAAACGAAAAGUCGCCAUCCUCAACAGCGUGCUCCGUACCGUCGCCUCCUGGCGCAAAGCCGAAAACGCAAACCCCACAGAUCCGCCGACAGACCAAGCCAAAGACCGAGGCGGCGGCUCGGGGGAGACAGGCAAACAGGACCAAGGUGGAGACGUAGGCGGAGACGUAGACAGGCAGCACUCAGCGCACCCAACGCAGGCUGAGCAUCUACCGCAGGGUGAUCCUUUAUCACAGGGUGAGGAUUUAUCGCACCCAACGCAGGGUCGACCAGACGGCAGGCUGUCCAGUAACGAUGGCAGCUACGCACUCGGCUUUACCGAGUCCUGGACCGACUCAUUUGACGAGUACGGCUGCCUUUCCUACGGCUGCCGGUCCUCAGAGAUCCCGAGCAUUCUUCAGGAGGAGAACCCCAGGGGCGGGUUACCCAGCGCCUUCACUUCCAGCCUACCGGCUCCCUCCACAAGCGAAGAAGAGGAGUCGGAGCAGAACCUCCGCGAAGACCGGCCUUGUCGACGGGAUGACCGCCGGGAAGAGCGCAGCGGCAUGAGCCGGAGCAAUUCAAGCCGCAGCGAAGCUGUCGGCAACAAGGAAGAGAUGCGACAGGCCUCGUCCGUGGGAAGUGGGGCCAUGGCCAGUCAUUCAGUUUGCCCUUCCGGAAACGAUCCGAGGCUGGAAGUACUAUUCGCGGAAAUUGAUGAACUCGACAAUUUCCUGAACGACCCGGAGAUGAUGUGGGUUAUGGGUGAGAAGGUCGUCAUUGACUCCACUCAUCUGCCGGCUGACCAAGCCAUGACAGCAUACCGCAACUAUUUCCACUGCAUUCCGAAGGAUACCCACGAGUACCUUCCAGGAUGGACUCCUGAGUGGGGGGUGGGCUUACGUAUAGGCAGUAGUGGCGAGGAGAAUGGAGAUGGCGAAGAGGAUGUGCAACGUGAGGAGUCUGCAGAACGCCCGAGCGCAGCCGCGGAGGAAUGUGCGCGACUGACCAUUUUUGGAAGUCGGUUUACGUUCUUCAGUGGCCUCUGGGAUGACUCCAAGAUCCCCGCCCCGCCCGAGAUUCGGGCCCAGUGGCGCUUCCGUGGUGUUCGGGACCUAGCGUUGGUUGCUCCGGCUGACCAAAAGAUCGACCCGAAGGUAUUGCGCGUGGAGCGCAUGACCCUUCCGGAGGUAUGCAAUGACCUCCAUUACGGGCUGACUACGCCCAGCCGGACAAUGACUACCAAGGACGUCCGAGAGACUUUGGAAAAUAUCCUGAAGCGGGCGCGUAACUUCGAUCCCGCGCAGCAUGACCGUCGUAUCCGCCGUACUUUGUGCAUGGAUCUGCAGUUUGAAGGACGGUACGAAAGUCCCCACCUGGGCGGCGGGCAGUUGGGCGGUGGGCAGUUGGGCGGUGGGCAGUUGGGCGGUGGGCAGUUGGGCGGCGGGCAGUUUGGCGGUUCUUACGAGUGCUGCAGACUCGACAGCUCGACGAAGCUGGACAACGCGGAGUGGUCCGCUGGUCCGGAUGUGCCUGUGGAAGACAACUGUACCAGCUUUAACGUUUUGGUGUGGUGGCUAGAGUACGUGUUGCGUCACCCUCUGGCGCUGUUGCCUUUCGAGGGCUACCGGGCGCAGGACGCGGUCGACCAGUACAUGACGCACGCCUACCGACGGUCGCGUUUGUCUGAGCGGGUGGGCGGUAGCGCGCAGCGGAACGGCGUCGAACACGGUGCUGAGUCGGUCACACGGUUCGGUGGGUGGCUAUUCGAUCGGGCGUUCUUCGAUCGGUGGUUUGCCGGUGGACGCUGA